UGACUUUGCCGCUGACAGUGUACUUUGUCCUUUUCCUUUAUGAGGAAGUCUUGUGUUCACGUUAUUGAGGUGCAGAAUUAUAAUAUGAAGUAAACGACCAAUACUACAGAAACAGUAAUAAUACAGGAAGAAGUAACAGCAGUAUUCUUCGGCCAAACGCUAAAGGUUUGUUAGGACAGGAUGUUCAGGAAUAACAGUCCGUUUGGCUUGGAUACCAACAGCUACACAGGAUCCAUCCAAUCUAAUGGGUUUUCAACCAUGGAGGAAACAUCAUCACAAAUAUCAAACUUGUCAAGACCCAGUGCAAAGUUAAUUUACUUGCAGAGAUCACAGUACGCAGAAUCAAUCAAUAACAUGAUGGACAAGUUUCAGUACAGGGUGGAGCACUUGUUCACUUGUGAUCUGGAUGGGAAGGACCUGAUAGAUGUCAGAGACUGUGUGGAGCGUCUUAAGCUAUUGGAUCAGAUGGGCCGUGUGUGGGCUCAGAACAUGCUGAUGGAGGUGCGCGGUGUCAACCUGCUACUCACAGACAUCGAAACCAAGGAAGAACUGGAGUCUAUUUCUCUCAGUGAAAUCCAGGAUCUGAAUGCCGUUCUGGACGCUGAGGUGUACAAUUCCCUGCUCACUGUGUCAGUCCAGUCCAGAAGAAAACCCACAACCACCGUCUUCAUGUUCCAGUGUGAGGAUGUCAGGGCUGACUAUGUUCAAAGGGAUCUAUCACGAGCACUGAUGCGCAGGAAAGAGGAUUCAGGCCCAAGCAAUGCAAAAGUUCCAGGAAGACUUGAAAGAGCAAAAGUCGUGAAAGAGGAGAGGCCUGCAAGUGACUCAUUGCCACCGUCGACAGUUGCUUCUGACUUCGGAGAAGAGGAUUUUCCUGAGACUGAUCUGGAUCUUCCUCUGGAUGAGGAGGAAGAAGAUGAAGCUGCACCUCGAAUUAUGCAACUUCCCACUGUGGUAUCAUCACCACAGCCCUCUCCUCCUUUGUUUUUUCCUCCCCCAUAUACAGAGCUGGACAGGAAUGUUGAUAUUUUGAAUCAUAUUUCUAAUGACAUAGAGAUCUUCACGGGGCAAGUUGCUGCAAUAUUAGCAAAGAAUGCAAAGAAGAAGAAAAAGAAGAAGAGGGGGAAAGCUGUGGAUGACCUGCCUCAUCCAGAAGAAUUUGCAGCAUGUCUCCGUAAAAUCAAAUAUGGGUUAAACCUUGUGGCGGAGCUCAACGGAAAGAUCUAUACACCCAGUGCUCCUGAAUUAGUCCACUUCUUGUUUUCUGCAUUAGAAUUUGUGGUGUCUCACUGCCCUGAAGAUCUGCCUAUGACCAUUGUGGCGCCGCUGCUGACACCUCAGUGUAUCCGUUUCCUGAGUGAAGAGGCCACCACAGAGGAGGAUCAGCUCUGGCAGUCUCUGGGAGAUCCCUGGAACAUCCCCAGUACCAAAUGGCCAGAGGAUGAUGAGGACAUCCCAAUCUACACACUGGAGUUUUAUGAUGGUUGGCAGCCCCCUGAAGUGACUGCAACACCUGCACCAAGUGAACCUACUAGCAGACGAGAAAGUCCACAACCUUCACCAAGCCUGCAGCCUUCACAUCACUUUACAUCAUCCACACAAAAAGCUAGCUCAAAUGGGCAGACUUUUGCCAAGUGGAGGCCGUCACCCUCACCGUUACGCUCAGCGAGCUCCAAACCACGUAACAUGCGUGUUAAGACUGACUUCAUUUCGAGAAACCACAGAGAGCUCACUGUCAGGAAAGGAGAAAUCGUUGAACUGCUGGACAUGUCAAAGCAGUGGUGGAAAGUGAGGAACAGCAAAGGGGAAGAAGGUUAUGUACCCAAUAAUAUCAUGGAGACUAAUGAUGAGCAGUCUGAGGAGACUGAGGUGUCUCCUGUCCUAACGAGGAGAUCCAAACCAGCAGACGUGAAAGCCUGGCUCGAAGACAAAGAGUUCAGCCAAAUCACUGUGCGCUGUCUUGGUGUUCUGAGCGGCUCAAUGCUGCUGGGGAUGACCAGAGAGGAACUGAAGACGGUGUGUCCAGAAGAAGGAGGACGAGUUUUCUUCCAGCUACAAGCAGUCAAAUCAGCCUUGGCUACUUAGGAUGCCAGUUCGGAGGGGCCCACGCUGUUAAAUGACAUGGACAUCACAAUGGAUUAAAGAAGAGAUUUCAGCUAAUAAACAAUAGAAAGAGACCAUGUUUACAAUGAGUUUUGCAUAUUGUCACUUUUUGAAAUCAAGAGAGAUUUAACCUAUUCUAUUAAAUGAUAAGAAUUUCACUUUUAAAUAUACAUUAGUGCCAUUUUGAGGUGUCAUAGUGAAAUGUUUCAAGUCAAUGUGUAAUCAAAUCAACAUAUUAUAGGAUUAAACCAGAACUUUAUAUGAGACUGUUGCAGUGAAAGUAAUAAUAUAAUCACUCUGUAACUUGUAAAUAAAAGAAAA